UUUAUAUUCUGCGCUUCAGUGCGCAACUGGGUUUUGGCGAGUGUGAAGGUUUUUGAUCUGUCAGAAGAUUAAGAAGACACUAGACACCACAAAAUCUGGGAUCGUUAAGCGUUUAAGAUAACAUCCAAUAAACAGAAUGGCUCAGAAACCACUUCUUCAGCUGCCCGAGUUCAGCAACGUGUCCACCGGUACUUUUGUGGUAAAGGAGUCGCUGAAUUUCUGGAAUGGUCAGAGGGUCCAGGCCAAGGGCACGAAGAACACCGAGCCCGUCUACGAACCUGCAACUGGUCGUGUGUUGUGUGAUCUGGUGCAGUGUGGAGAGGAGGAUGUGGACCAGGCCAUCAGGAGUGCCCACUCUGCCUUCCAGAAAUGGAGCAAGCUGGCAGGCAUGGAGAGAGCCCGAGUCCUGCUAGAUGCAGCGCAUCUCAUCCGGGAGCGAAGUGAGCAAAUAGCCAGGGUGGAAGUGGCCGACAAUGGAAAGACCAUCUUAGAGGCCCAGGGGAACAUCAUCACGGCCGCAAAAUGCAUAGAAUACUUCGCUGGUAUUGCCCCAACUCUGGCAGGUCAACACAUCCAGCUGCCAGGCGGCUCGUUUGCCUACACCCGUCGGGAGCCUCUGGGGGUGUGUGUGGGCAUCGGGGCCUGGAAUUUCCCCUUCAUGAUCACUGUGAUGAAGGCAGCGCCAGCACUGGCCUGUGGGAAUGCCAUGGUGUUCAAGCCGUCCCCAAUGUCCCCAGUGAGUGCCGUGAUCCUGGCAGAGAUCCUGAAGGAGGCCGGGGUCCCAGAUGGCCUCUUCAACGUGGUCCAGGGUGGUGCGGAGACGGGGACCCUGCUGUGUCACCAUCCAGUGGUAGCCAAGGUCUCCUUCACUGGCAGUGUUGCCACUGGAAAAAAGGUGAUGGAGAUGUCCUCCAAGGGGGUGAAGCAGGUGACCAUGGAGCUGGGAGGCAAGUCUCCUCUGAUCAUCUUCAAGGACUGUGAGCUGGAGAAUGCUAUUAAGGGAGCUCUCAUGGCCAACUUCCUCACACAGGGACAGGUUUGUUGCAACGGUACGCGAGUGUACGUGCAGAGGGAGAUCCUGCCCCAGUUCCUGGAGGAGGUGGUGAAGAGGACCAAGGCCAUCCCCGUGGGAGACCCCCAGCAGCAGCACACCCGCAUGGGGGCCCUCAUCAGCAAGCCACAGCUCGACAAGGUCCUUGGUUUCGUCAGCGAGGCCAAGAAACAGGGUGCCAAGGUGCUUUGCGGCGGUGAGCCGUUCACACCCAGUGACCCCAAACUGAAGGGCGGUUACUUCAUGUCCCCAUGUGUGCUGGACGGCUGCAGGGACGACAUGAGGUGCGUGCAGGAGGAGAUCUUUGGUCCCGUCAUGUCCGUCAUGCCCUUUGACACUGAGGAGGAGGUGAUGCAGAGAGCCAACAACACCACUUACGGCCUGGCCUCCGGAGUCUUCACCAGAGACAUCGCUCGUGCCCACCGUGUGGCUGAGAACCUGCAGGCCGGCUCCUGUUUCAUCAACAACUACAACAAAACAUCAAUGGAGCUGCCCUUUGGUGGAUACAAGAUGUCCGGGUUUGGGAGGGAGAAUGGCCAGGUGACUGUGGAGUUCUAUACUCAGCUGAAGACUGUGGUGGUGGAGAUGGGAGAUGUCGAGAGCUUGUUUUGAUUCCUGUGCCAACAAUCUGGAUCCUGUUUCUCGAAAAGCAUCGUCGCUAACCAGUUAGCAACUCACUAGGUUUCCAAUGGGAAAUUGCAUUGCAACCAAGUAAGUUGUUCACUUAGUUAGCAACGAUGUUGUCAAGAAAUACACCACUGGUUUCUUAUCUGCCCCAUCCCUUCAAUGAUGUGCCUAUAGACCUUGUAUCUGUCAUGUAGCAGAGGUGAGAAUGGCUAAGUUUUGCACUAACUGUUGUAUUGCAUUAAUGUUUGUGUGUCUGAAAUACUAAACACUUAACAAAGGAUAACAAGAAAAUUGCAAUGAUCUGGAAUUGUUAUCGUGGCUGCACUUAAAUAAUUGUAACUUUUAAUAUGUUAUGUCUUUGGAUUUCAAGUUUAACACUAAGACAUUAUGUUCCAGGCAUCUCAUUGUGCACUUGAUGUCUGACAUUCCAAUUAAUAAAAAAUAUAAUUGGUGCAAUUUC